AUGUUUGAAUGUGGCACUUGUGGUGAUAAAUUCUGGUGGAGAGAUGAUUGCUAUGAGCAUAUGAAUUAUGAAAGUCACUGGAUUGAGUGUGAGACUUGCGACCAACUUUUCCUGAACCAUCACGGCUGCAAUCAACAUAUGGAUUCCAAGAAUCACUGGGCUCCCCAGUUUCCCUGUGAGACAUGCAACUGUAUUUUCUCAUCAAACAAAGCUCUUCAGGCACACAUGUCAGCCAAGCGCCACUGGAAAAACUACUGUAAAUCCUGUGACCGGCAAUUCCAGAACGAGAACAAUCUUCGCGCGGUAUGUAUACCAAAAUGCAAAUCAAUGAACCAUGCAGCUGACUUGAAUUCUAUCCAGCAUUUGAACUCCAAAGUCCAUCGUGGAACAGACAUGAAGUGCCCCUUUUGCCGAACAGGCUUUGUCACCGCCAGUGGUGUCUCGCAUCACCUAGAAACUGGCUCAUGUCCAAAGGCCCUCAAUCUGAACCGCCAAAUAAUUGCCAAAAUGAUGCGCCGACUUGAUACCCAGGGAAAGAUUACCAAUAAGCAAAUUGAAUGGCACGAGGAGGAGAACGUGGAAUACACAGUGACGAAUAGAGCAUACAAUGGCCACAAUUGGGAAUGCUAUUUGUGUCACCGCGAGUUCGGCACUGCAAGAGCCCUGACUCAACAUCUUAACUCGUCCACCCAUGCUCAGAAGGCAUAUCACUGUCCUAAUCGCCACGGCUGUCGAAAGCAGUUCGUUUCACUGGCUGCGCUGUUCAACCAUUUGGAGAGUGAAUCAUGCAAGUACAUGAGGUUUGAAAAGGUUCAAUCGGUACACUCGCAGUUGACAGAUUCGAUCAUGGGCAAUAAGCGAAUCGCCUUUUUCUGA